CCGGUCAAAGGGUACGAGAUUUGAGUUUUCCUGAUCUUGGCAGUUACACUAUCAAUGUUCAAUGGAAGGCCCCGGAAAAACCCUAUGGAGAAAUAAAAGCCUACUACGUUGAGGUUACUGAACUGGAAACACAAAUAUCAUAUGAAAGAGAAGUAUUUUGGACAAAUGCAACAUUUCUUGAUUUGAGUCCUUUCACACCGUACAACGUAUCAGUCCGAACGAUAAACCAUCCGAACCCUACUAGCAAAUUGUACGGUGGAAUCGGUGAAGCAGUCACAAAUAUUGUAACUACACUACCGCUGGCCGGUCAACAGGUCACUGAUAUAAAAUUUCAUGACAUCGGUACUGAUUCAAUCACGGUUUCUUGGAGGCCCCCUGAACCACCGCAUGGUGAAAUAAAGUCAUACCACGUUACAGCUAGGAAAUUGUUAACGAAGGAGCUGGUGAAGUCGGAGACAACGACAAAUGGAACAACAUUGCGUAAUUUGAUUCCGGACACAUGGUACGCCAUAGCAUUCGAGACUGAAAACAUGCAGCUGAAUGGCCACGGCGGCGGACUCGGCGAAGCCGUCAUAAAAACGCUAUCGACAAAACCAUUGGGUAAGUGUUGCCUCUUUUUAAUGCAUACCUCCGGCAUUGGUAAUAUUUUUAAAGAGCCAGAUGGCCUUUUAUGCCAGAAGUAG